AUGGCAGCUAGGGACCGAUAUGGUGUCUACGCUGACGUUGGGCUCACCCCGCUGCAACGGGCCAUUCGAAAUGCGUGUGACUUCUCUCUCUACGAGCCCAACCUUGCCCUGAACCUCGAAGUUGCGGACCUGAUCAACUCCAAAAAAGGCAAUUCUCCCCGAGAGGCUGCCGUCGAGAUCGUCCGCCUGAUCAAUUCCCGGAAUCAGAAUGUCGCCUUGUUGGCAUUAGCGCUACUCGACAUUUGCGUCAAGAACUGCGGGUACCCUUUCCACCUGCAGAUCAGUACAAAGGAGUUUCUGAAUGAAUUGGUCCGGCGGUUCCCCGAGCGGCCGCCCAUGCGGCCCACCAGGGUGCAGCACCGGAUUCUGGAGUCGAUCGAAGAGUGGCGGCAGACAAUCUGCCAGACAUCGCGGUACAAGGAGGAUCUGGGCCAUAUCCGUGAUAUGCACCGCUUGUUGUUGUACAAGGGAUAUAUGUUCCCGGAGAUCCGCCACGAAGAUGCCGCUGUGCUCAACCCAAGCGACAACUUGCGCUCGGCCGAGGAAAUGGAGGAAGAGGACCGGGAGGCACAGUCGGCGAAGCUGCAGGAGCUGAUCCGCCGAGGCACACCGGCCGAUCUGCAGGAGGCCAAUCGGUUGAUGAAGGUGAUGGCCGGCUUUGACACUCGACACAAGACCGAUUACCGGGCCAAGGCGGCCGAGGAGGUGGCCAAGGUUCAACAAAAGGCCAAAAUCCUAGAGGAGAUGCUGCAGAGCCACCAGCCGGGCGACCCAGUCGCAGAAGGCGAUGUGUUCGAGGAACUUGCAAGCGCGCUGCAAAGCGCCCAUCCGAAGAUCCAGAGGAUGUGCGAGGAGGAGUCGGAUGAUCCGGAGGCCGUCCACAAGUUACUGGAAAUUAAUGACAGCAUCCAUCGCACCAUCGAGCGUUACAAGUUGGUCAAGAAGGGCGAUUUUGACGCUGCAGCACGGAUCCCCAAGGGCACCCUUGGCACUACCACCGGUGUUUCGAAGAAUGCCAACAACGAGUUUUCUCUGAUUGACUUCGACCCAGAGCCGAGCCCUAAUGGUGAUGCCUCGCAAGCGGCGCCGGACGGUAGUUCCCUGGAGAAUGAUCUGCUCGGUUUGUCUAUUGAUGAGCCUGUUCCUGCUGGCGGCAUUUCGUUAGGACCUGGUCCAUUUCCAGGAUCUGCUACCCCACAGCAGCAGCCCCCCGCUGGCGUCAAGCCCACCUACGAUAUCAUGGCUUCCUUCAACUCAUCACGACCUGUUUCGCAAUCAUCCACGCCGGCUCCUCGAACACCGCAGUACCCCGCUGCCACCGCGACACCCCCACCCCCUGCCGCAGACCCCUUCGCAUCGCUCAUGUCCGCUAGCCCGCGCACCGCCAGUCCCUUCCGCUCCGGCGCAUCCCCAUCAAGCCGAUCCCACGCCGCUGCAUCUACAUCUCUCCUCGACCUCGCGGGAGCUGGUCCUUCCGCUGCUACCCCUGCUGCUAGAAGCCAUGCGAAAGGCCCCGAGGAGGACGAGUGGAACUUCGCCUCCUCUCUGCCCGAGAGCAACGCUCUUCCAACCACCAACAGAGUCCAGGUGCUCGACUCGUCGUUACGGAUUGAAUUUGCUGCCCGCCGGCACCCCUCCCAACCGCGGCAGAUCCACGUGGUUGCCUUGUUCUCGAAUCGGACCAGCCAGCCCCUGAACGAGCUACACUUCCAGGUGGCCGUGGAAAAGGUCAGUUUCUCCCCACCUAUCGAGAUCGAAGUGGUUGAUACUAAGUGGAAAAUACAGGCCUAUACCCUGCAGCUGCGGCCACAGUCCGGGCGCGAUAUCGCACCGUUGCAGCCGAACGGCGUGCGGCAGGAGAUGUUACUGGAUGGCGUUGACGCGGGCAAGGGCAACUCGAUCAAGAUCCGCUUCCGCGUGUCGUACAGGGUCGGCGCGGAGAAGAAAGAAGAUCAAGGCAUGGUGCCGCCGCUGGGGAUAGCCUAA